GUGAAGACAGGAAAGGGAGAUGCAUGUGAUUGUGGCCCGUGGAGCAGAGGGGAGGAGACGGUAGAUGAGUUACACUCCAUCUGUUGUCAGUCGCUCUGGUGAGCCUGAAGCAUCAGGAAACCCCAGUCUGGCAAUCUAAAAAAAAGUGGAUUUUGUUUUGGGGAUUGCUGUUUAACUUUAUCCGGAGACUCACACUUUGGUUGGUUUUCUCCCUUUCCAGUGGAUGCUCGCAAGUCACUGUUUUGACCUUUUUCCAGGACGUUUUUUUUUAAUCAAAUCUGGGCUUCCUGUGUUUAUUUCAUCCCUGGCUACUUUAGGAAACUGACUCUUUUUGCACAUUUGAGAUUUGCUGCAGAGAUGACCAAAGAAGAGGCAUCGGGAGAGCGACUGUAGGAGUUGUUGGCUUUUCUGUGUUUGGUUGGCGUGCUGCUGUUAAAGCAGUGUGGAAGCGCUUGGAGGGGUUAAAACACCAGUGGCGGUGUCAGGCACGAGGCGGACACGGAGGACCUGGGCCUGGAUGCAUGAGUGGGCUUCAUGGGCCUGAAGGACCAUCUGGAGGAUGGAACAGGCCACAUCCUCAGCCUGGGGCUGGAUCUGGAUUACCUCCACGUAGAUGGUGCCCUGCAGAAGGCUGGUCCAAGUCAUGCAGCCAGCCCCGGGGUCCUGCAGGUCAGAGGAAGUGCCCCUAAUAAGAGCAGUGGCAGCAUUGGUGGAAGUAGCACGAGUCUGAGCACUCGGUCAUACUACAGCAGCAGCAGCAGCUGCAGUAACUUUUCAGAGGAGAGCGCCAUCUCUGACAGCGAGGAUGAGCGACUUCAGGCUGCUCCCGGUUCUGAGUCCAAGAAACCUUUACAAGAUAGGCCUCAGCAACACUGGGGAGAGUCCUCCUCGGACAGCCAAGUGGCCAGGCUGGACCUGGAAUCGACCCUGCAACCGGGGGGCUCUCAACAGACAAACAGAUCCCCUCCUGCCGACCGCAUCACAAACUACUGCACCAAGGUGGAGUUUGCACUCAAGCUAGGCUACACCGAAGACCUGGUGCUGCUGGUUCUGAAGAAACUGGGCCCAGAUGCGCUCAUCAACGACAUCCUGGGAGAGCUGGUGAAACUGGGAACAAAGACGGAGCUGCAGCUGCUGGGAGGCUCUGUCUCUCACUCCCUGUCAUCGUCUUCGUCAACCUCUUUGGCAUCCUCUUCCUCCUCCAACUCCUCACUGGAUUCCUGCCGGCUAGUGUCCCUGCCCCCCAUGAUGGAAGACAAAGACAACCUAAGGCCCGUCGUCGUGGACGGAAGCAACGUGGCCAUGAGUCACGGAAACAAGGAAGUGUUUUCCUGCCAAGGCAUCCAGCUGGCCGUCGACUGGUUCUUUGGGCGAGGCCACCGAGAUGUCACGGUGUUUGUGCCGGCCUGGAGGAAAGAGCAGUCGCGUCCUGACGCUCUCAUCACAGACCAGGAAAUCCUGCGGAGGCUGGAGAAAGAGAAGAUCCUGGUUUUCACGCCGUCACGGCGCGUGCAGGGCCGCCGCGUGGUUUGCUAUGACGACCGAUUCAUUGUCAAACUGGCCUACGAAUCAGAUGGCAUCAUCGUUUCCAACGACAACUACAGGGAUCUGGCCAAUGAGAAGCCGGAGUGGAAGAAAUUCAUUGACGAACGCUUACUGAUGUACUCCUUUGUGAACGACAAAUUCAUGCCACCGGACGACCCACUCGGGCGCCACGGGCCGAGUCUGGAGAACUUCCUGAGGAAGAGGCCUGUUUUUCCUGAACAUAGAAGGCAGCCAUGUCCUUAUGGCAAGAAGUGCACCUAUGGCCAUAAGUGUAAGUUUUACCAUCCAGAAAGGGGCAGCCAUCCCCAGCGGUCUGUGGCCGAUGAGCUCCGAGCCAGCGCCAAAAUUUCCGUAGCUUCCAGAGGUUUGCUGGAGCAAGCCCUGUCUGUAAAAAGCCAAACUGAAGAAACGGCUGAAGCUGAAACAAAACAGGCCAAUAGACAGCCCGACCACAGUCCUUGGGGUUCCUGUUCUGACCUCAUGGAGGAUGGACUACAAGCUUAUUCCAAAGUAAAAGGCCGUAGAGGAAGUGACGGCAGCAUUGGCCGUCCUACCCCUUCAGCAGGAUAUCUGGAACUAUGGGAGCUUCCUGCAGGAGAUAGUAAAGGCCCCAGGUUUGUUGGAGCAAACUCUUCAAGCCAGGUUGAAGCCUAUCACAGGUCGGAGUCCCCAAAAGUGGGGUACAGCCCCCUGAUGAAGGCCUAUUCAGGAUUGAGUGCUAUGAUGCCAAAAACCCCAGAAUGCCUCUUGUCGACUGACCUGCGAGCAGCUUUACAUCCAUCAGUUGGUAGCAGUGAUGGAUCUGACUCUUUCUCUCCUGACAACACUUCAGAUCAUGGCCUCAAAUGCCACCAUGACCGCUCUUGCCACCAUCACAGAUUUGGUAGCCUGUACACUCAUCCUGCUACGCAGGUAUCUCCGGGAUUCAACCAGCACUCGCCUCGCAGCUUGUCACGUCCUAAAACAUUACCAAGACCGCAGGCCUUUAGCUCCGAUGAGCCUUCUUUUUCGGUUACCCCUCACACGUCUCCCCUGAAGACCACCCCAACCUACAUCCCACCUCAUCCGACAUCCCAGCACCAGCAACCCUGGCUUAGCAGUUUUCCAAUGGAACCAACUCCCUAUUCAACCCAAACAAGCACGGCCGGUUCUCCUCUGCGGCGCGAUCCCAUGGCCUCCCUAUGGAGGGAAGGAGAGUUUCAGGACUCAAAAAUGUAUGAAGGUUCACCGCUUUACUUAAGAAGAAAGGAUUUGAGGUUAAACCAACAGCCUCCUCAUCAGAUACACUGGGGUUCAAACUACCAGCCAGUGCCCAAGACUUGCUACGACCUUUUUUCCUACAAGAGCUUCCCACCAGUUCACGGGAAGACUUGGCAGUCUCAGUGGAGCCAGCAGACGUCGCCCCGCACUCUGGCGGAGGCAAGUUUGCAGUUUUUCCCACAGAGCCCCCUGCCUCCAUCGCCCCCGCGUUCGGGGCCCGCAGCCUCCGGUCACUACCGGGACCUCAGGGAGAGGAUGUUUGACAACUUGUGUGGGAUUUUCCCUCCAGAUCUGGUGAAGUUAGUGAUGACCAGGAACCCUCACGUGAUGGACGCUCAAGAACUCGCCGCUGCAAUUUUGAUGGAAAAAUUACAACGUAUGUAAUGAGGAUGAAGUGACAUUUUCCUCUUUUGCUGGUUAUUAAUGGUACUUAUAAUAAUCGUGCUAAAGUGAAAAAAAAAGGUUGUUUUUUUUAUACUGCAGGGACGUUUUAGCAUAAAUUACUAUUUUUGUGAAGAGGUAUCCCAAAACUGCCAUAUUUUCAAAAAAAUAUGCCUGAUUUUUCAGCACUUAAAUGUAAAGAAACUUGAAUUUUCCACAAAAAAGAGCUGUUUUCAUUUGUGAAGUACAUCACCAUGGGCGUCAGGUGGCAUUUAUUGGGUUUUCAUUUUUCAAUGUGAUUUAAUUAUUUGUUGCCUUUUAAUUUAUUUAUAUGUUAUUUUUUAGGUUUU